AUGAGAACCAAUGGUCUUCUUAGCGCUUUUGCUGCGGCCUUAUUGGCGCCUCUCUAUGCCACUGCUGCUGUCUUGCCCGAGGAAACCUCGGCCAACAUUUCCGCCCGGCAGACGAUGACUCUGAUGGGGGGGAUGGCCGCGACUUGCAACUCCUUUAGCAUGAGCAACGUCUACCCGACGUUCCUGUACGCUAAUUGCAGAGCUAUCGACGGCUCGUGGAAGACUAGCUAUGUUUCCCUGGACCUGUGCCUAGCCAACUCUUGCGGCCGUCUGGUGAGCGCGUCAAGGGGAUCCUACAGCAACUCGUGUUCCGCGAGGUAUUGCCAGCUGAUAGGCACGAGGUAUCAGUGCACCUGCCGGGGCUGCAGUAACAACGACGUCUUCUCCAUCAUCGAGCUGAACGAUAUUGUUGGCAAUGACAAUGGUGAGCUGAUCUGCCACGGACUCAACAUCAUAAGUCCCUUGCUUACGUUCAGAUACAAAGACAUCGGCUCAUUCACGCCCGCUGGCCAGGAGGUUGGAGCGCGGGUGGUUUUCGACUCGGGCCAUUACGUACUAAGGUGGCACAUGCAGGACGGCAUGGCUAUGGCACUAUACAAGACAUCGGAAGGAUCUGAAUGUCUAUUGAACAUGAUAUCGUCGAGCGAAGUGGUCCACGGUUGCGGCAGGAGGUGA